AUCUUCGUUCGCAGUGCAGAAAGAUGGCAUCAGAGGCCGGUGGUGCAGCAUAUGGUAGCGUAAAUAGAAGUGAGAAAGUGUGAAGAAUCUAUAUCCCAUCACAAUGGCACAGAACCUUGAUGCUAAGAUGUUUGACCCUAUCGACGGCAACAUAUCAGAUUCGUCAAACUUCAGUGAUGAAUUAAGUCCGUUAGAAGAUUCCUCGCUGCUUGAGAAUGAUGGGAAACCACAGAAAAUUAGCGGCAAGGCAUGGGGAAGAUUGCCGAAAUUCUUUUGCUGUGAUGAUGAUUUCCCCACUAGUGUUUAUUACAUUGUUGGCAAUGAGUUUUGUGAACGCUUCUCUUACUAUGGCAUGCGAACAAUCCUUAUUAUUUACCUGACCAACAUCUUAUUACUAAGUGAUAAUAAUGCCACUGCCGUGUUCCACACCUUCACAAUGCUGUGUUAUUUUACACCACUGUUUGGGGCAAUGAUAGCAGAUGGAUUCCUUGGAAAAUACAGGACCAUCCUGUACAUCUCUUUCAUCUAUAUGUGUGGCAGUGCUUUGAUGUCUCUGACAGCUCUGCCACCACAGACGACAGGCGAUCCAGAGUUAAUUGGUCCUGUGAUAGCCCUUCUGCUUAUUGCUCUUGGAACUGGUGGGAUCAAGCCAUGUGUGUCAGCCUUUGGAGGAGAUCAGUUUGUUGGCGGUGAUAUUGAAAUGUUGCAGAAAUUCUUUGCUGUAUUUUACUUUACAAUAAAUGCUGGUAGUGUUUUAUCAACUUUUCUCACACCAAUAUUAAGGAACGAUGUCCAGUGUUUUGGAAAUGACUGUUAUUUCUUAGCAUUUGGUGUUCCAGCAGUUUUAAUGUUUAUCUCACUUAUUAUUUUUGUUCUUGGUCGUAAGAAAUAUAAACGAUUUCCACCCACCGGUAACAUUAUAGGAGAGGUUUCUUGUGCCAUUGGAUAUGCAUUAAAAAACCGGUUCAAGAAACGCAAGACCGAUAUCACAAAGGAGCAUUGGGUUGACUGGGCCGAUGAUAAAUAUGAUGCCAAGCUUCUUGAGGAUGUGAAGAAUUUGUGCCAUGUUUUAGUUAUGUACUUACCGCUGCCAAUCUUUUGGGCCUUGUUUGACCAGCAAGGCUCUCGCUGGACUCUACAGGCUGAACAUAUGGAUGGUCAACUGGGUCACUAUAGGGUCAAACCAGAUCAAAUGAUGGCUUUCAACCCAAUCCUUAUUAUUAUAAUGAUUCCAUUUUUUGAAGUGGUUGUGUAUCCUGUGAUUCGCUUUUUGCGAAUUCCAUGUCGCCCUCUACAGAGGAUGGGUGCAGGUAUCCUCUUUGCUGGAUUAGCAUUUGUUGUUGCUGGCUUUCUUCAGAUAAGAAUUGAUAAUACUGAGCUUGCUUUUCCUGGUACAAAUGAGGGCAUGCUGAAGUUGAUAAAUGCUGCCCCCUGCGACAUCGAUGCUCAACUCAAGGGCGAAACGAACAAAACCUUCGGACAUCUUGACUUUGCUAGUUCAACUGAGAUGACAGUUCUACCACUCGGAAACUACACAAUAACAUUUCUACCACAAAAUUGUUCAUUAUAUGACCGUUCAGUAUAUGACCCAUCAGUUUUCAUACCUGAAUUAACAAGCAAGGAGGCUGACAUAGCAGUUGUAGGACUAUUCAACGACGGAGGUCAAUUAACAUAUGAAACUAGGCAAUUCAAAGGGGUGAUAAAAAAGCCACACAAAGGCAAUACGUUAGUCAGUGUGGUAUACGUGGUAGAACCUGAUAUUUUGUCCAAUAUGUCAGUCAUUUUAAAAAGUGAUCAGGAGAUGUAUACUAUUCCUUUUGAAUUCUUCAGUGCAUCAGCAUUUAAGGAAAUCACUCCAGAUACGUAUACAGUGCAGAUUCCAACUUUUAAUUCAACUCAUGAGAAGAUUAGUACACCUUUCAUCGCAGAGAGUGGAGCGAUUUAUACGAUCCUUAUUCAGUGCAAUGUCACAAGUUCACUAAAUGCAUGCGAGCCAAUUAUGGUAGUCCAUACAGACAUAUACCCCAACUCAGUGUCCAUCUUCUGGCAAAUUCCUCAGUAUUUUGUUAUCACAUUUGGCGAGAUCUUGUUUUCUAUCACUGGUUUAGAAUUCUCAUAUUCUCAGGCCCCAUCCAGUAUGAAGUCAUGUGUCCAAGCUGCCUGGCUGAUGACAGUUGCCUUUGGCAACCUAAUUGUUGUUAUUGUCGCUGAGAGUAGGAUUGUUAGUAGUCAGGCCCUAGAGUUCUUUUUAUUUGCUGGACUCACUGGAGUUGUUUUACUCAUUUUCAUUGUUAUGGCAGUCAAUUACAAAUACAUUACCCCAGUUGCCCCUGACAACACAGACUUGACAAAUCUAGUAGAUGAUAAACAAAAUCAAGAUGAGACGUCAUUGCGAGACCCGCAACCAAGCUACCAAGACUAAACACAGAGUUCAACAAAUAUUUUACUGGCAUUAACCUGAAUUGGGCCAGAGAAGCAUACGCCAUCUGGCAACAACUAAUACUAGUGUCGGUUGUGAUAACAUGUAUAUUGACACAAUGAGGGUAUUCAAUUCAUUUUCAGGGAUAUGACAAUAAGUUAUGGUAGAUAAACUUCAUUUGUGGAUAAUGUUGUAGUAAACUGUUAAAUUUAAUGUUGAUUGAUAAAAUCUAGUUUUUGAAAAACAGUUAUGUAUAAUACAAUUAUAGUAAUCUACCAUUCAGCAUAAGGAUGUCUAAAAAUGUUUGCAAUUAGAACUUAUUGUUCUUCCCAUCGGGUUAAGUUAUAUGCAAUGAGGCGAAGUUGAUAUGGCUUUAGGAUGAUGUGCUUCUGGAUACGUAUUCAGUAUUGGGUUUUGUUUAUGGCAAGUACAAUUACAAAUGUGUGUAUAUUGAAUUCAUUUCAUUCAGUUGAAAUGGUAUCUUUGUGUACAAUCAUUCAGUCAGUGGUGAGGUGCAGUGACAAAAAGUUUCUUGAAGAGCCAGAAAAAUCAUUUAGGAGAAUGUUUUAAAAACGAUUACACCCCGAUCUCUAUAUGGUAGGCCUAUUAUAGAGCUGGGAUCCCAUGUCUCUACGAGUUGCAGAGGUGUCCCUAAAAUUGGGACGGCCUCCUGCACGCAAAUAAAAGUCCUGAAAAGUUACAAUCUCCCACAAAUUCAUGUUAUUUCCAUGUGUUCACUACUGUAUUACUAUUGCCUCAAGGAAUUCUGUUGGCAAUGGGUAUCACUGUGUUAAUAAAGCCUAUUUAAGUAGGUCUUCUGGAAAUGACUCCUUCCAGCUUGGGACCCCAGGUGGGAGUGGUGUUUUUUUUGUUUUUUUUUGGACUUGUUGAGUAGCUGUGGUCUAGUGAAGCUGUUGUGAUUAUUGUGUAAAUUAUCGUAGGCUUUGGUGCACUAAUCUAAUUACAUUUACCUAGAAUGGACUCAAUGUCUAAAUCUGGACAGGUGCUGGAAGACUCUUAAAGAUAAACUCUUCCAAAAAUGUGUCUUGAAACAAAAUGAUAUAUGAUCUGUAUAUAUAAAAUAUGAUGUUACUGUACAUAUCAUAAUGGUUACUAAUCAUUUUAAAUGAAGAUAUACAUAUAUUUAUAUAUUUUGCUCAGUUUGUAUAAUUUUGUAAUUUAUCAUAAUAGGUUUUAAUGUAGCAGUGAGUUACUAAUUAUCAGUGUCAUUUUUAUUUUUUAUUGAUGGUGAUUUUAUUUUUAUUAUCCAGAUGGACAGAGAUGUGGUUUUAAAAAGGUUUUGUGCAAGGUAUAAACUAUAUGGUGAACUAACACUUAUGCACAUUCAUUUAACUUCCAACCAGCUUUCAUAUACUGUACUGCAGCAUCAAAAAUACAUAAUUUGCAUAUAUAUAUGUUUAUUUGUCAACUACCCAAAAGUCAAUUGCAUAUGUAAAUUGUUUAGUUCCCUCGUCGCGUUUUUGUAACUUUGUUAAUUUGCACCAUUUUUCUGCAUUUAUGACUGAUUUGUAUUUAUUUUUUUACAGUGUUGAGUGGCUGAAUAAAUGUUUGAUACGAUUGCAUAUGUAAAUCGUUUAGUUCCCUCGUCGCGUUUUUGUAACUUUCGUUAAUUUGCACCAUUUUUCUGCAUUUAUGACCGAUUUGUAUUUAUUUUUUUACAGUGUUAA